AAAAAGUUAAAUUACAAAAAAUUAAUUAAUAUACAAAUAAUAUCAAAAUUAGUUGAAAAAUUUGGAAAAAAAAUGAACGACUUUUUAAAAAAUCUAAGGAAAAAGGCUUACGAUUAUAAGAAAAACAAUUAGCAAGAUAUUAAUAAGGCAAAAAAUGUGUCAUAUUAUUUUUAUUAGGAAGUAAUGAAGAAAGGAGAAAGCAUCAAUUAAAAAAUUAGAAUGGAAAAAAUUUACAUCUAAUCAAAAUAUGGAGAUUAAAUUAAAAAUUAGAACUUCAAUGCUUUUCAUACUAAAUGGCUAUCUUUCAGAGAUAAGUAUUUAGCUACUUAUGCAUCAAAAGCUUUACUUAAGCUAAAAGAUUUUGGUCCUACAGCCUAAAGAUUAAUUUAAAAUCCGACCUUUUAAAAUAAAGUUCAUAGUUUAUAAUAAAAACUUUAAGAAAAAGGAUUAGAUUCUUCUAAAGUAAAUUAGGUUACUAAAAAUGGAUAUUAAUUGUUAAAAAAAUAACUAAGUAGAGCUAAUAUAUUCUUGAGCUAAUAAAACUUAAAUAAAUAUUUUUACAAUCCCUUAAAUUACUGUAGUUAAUACAUUUUAAAAAAUAAAUAAAAAGCUUUUAGAGGUGUACUUUUAUUAGUAUUUUGUUAUGGACUAGGAUCUUACAUACCUGUAGCAAUUAAAGACUACUACUUACAAAAACAAUAUAUUUCUUAGUAUGCAUAACUUUAAAUGUAAUAAAAUUAGCUAUAAUUAGAAUAAGAAAAACUUUAAAAUCUAUUAAACAAAAAGAACUCUACAAGCUAAUAAAUUCAAUAACCUUGA